UGUUUACCAGGAGAGAUAGUAGAGAAGCCGUGUGAUGAGCGGCUGGGCCUGAGAGGGUUCAGUGUGAAGAGACGGUGUGUGGAGUACCCGCCCCUCAGUAUGGCCGUGUGGGAGGUUCCUGAUAUGACGGAGUGUGUCAGCGCCUUCGCCAACUCCACCAUAUUCCAGAUGGCGCUGCUAGAGCAGUACUUCACCAUGUACCUGAACUCCACCGUGCAGUGGAUGAAGCGUAACGUGUGUCCGCCUGAGACAACGUUUAUAGAAGAAAACAGGAAAGGUAUAUUCAGAUGGCCGCUGACGCUAGCAGGUUUCCCGGCUCUUGCUGACUGUCCCUACGGCUCCAUCCUUCCCUCCGCCCGCCUCAUCCGCGACCUCAUCCUGGACAUCUCUCUCGGAGUCUUCCAGCAUCAAGAGAUUCCCGUGGAGAACUACAACGGCACCAGUCUAACCGACAACUUCCUCAACGCGCUCUGGACUAGCAGCUUGGACAACUUCGUGGAAAGCGAUUUGUACAAGGAAGGGAAGGAGUUCUUCGAGAGCAUCCUCAACAAGACAGGCGAGGAGGCAAAGCAUCGCAGACGGCGGUGGUCUGAGGAGGGAGCCGAACGGAUCGUCAUCCGUCGACCGGAGGUACGACCCCGACAUCUGGGCCAUUUUAGCACGUCUGACCAUGGAGGUAAUGUAGAAGUGGAGAGCUUCAACAGUAGCGAGACGACCAACCAGACUCAAGAUCAAGAACCUCCACCGAGAAACAAGGUGACGUGGGAAAACUUCGCUAACGUGUUGUUACACAUGGAGCUGCUCCUGCGCAGGGCCAGCCGGAAGUGUGUUCAGAACGAGGAUGGCACGGUCAGCUGGACAGAGCCCAUGACCUGGAUGUGCCGCUCCAAGGACAGCGCGCCGUUCGAGGACCUGUACAACAUUCUAUCAGACAGCGCUAGGGUGGAGGCGUUUAUAUCAAGCAUAGAACACGUGACCGGUGACCUUGGUAACAUCAAGACCCCGGAUGUAGAACUGACCCUCAACAUGUUUGAGACUGCGCACAAGGUGGACAAGAUCUACACCCCAGAGAUCGCCUCCACUCUCAUUGAGACGAUCAGCAGUCUUGUGGGAUCGUCCCAUGGAGCGCUGAGCUUGGAAGAAGCGCGUCGAUAG